CCUCUUCGUCUGUGCAACUGAGAGGCGUUCUGUAACGUGCGGAAGUGAUCUGAGGGAGGGAGAAGAGCUAUGAGGGGUGGUUGUCUUGAGUGCAAUUGAGGUGUCCUUGUUGUUUGUUCUUCGUUCGUUCGUUCUUUGCCAAACGGAAGGACUAAAUGGCCGCCACGGCUCGAAGGAGAGAUCAGGACGAGGAUAUCGCUGACAUCUACAAUGAAAUUUUCGAUCAGGCCGAGGCGAUCUAUCAGAAUUGGAUGAGCCGUGGCCUCUCACCAGCAGACCUGAUCACAUGCCAUGCAGCCGGCGAUACCUCGAAAUUAGGAUCGAUGUUGAAGCCACAGCCACCGGCGAAGCCGUCAAUUGAGCUUCUGGCUCAGGCGCCGUCGAUGGACAAUAACCAUUUGAACAAGUUGGUAAAGAACUUCGUUGAUGAGGAUAAGGCGAGGAACGCGGCUAGAAACAUGCCUUCGAGCAUCCAGUUUGCCCUUCAGAAAUUCGAGAAGAAUUCUCAGGCGGAGAAUGCGGGGCCCUUCAAGCGCGCCCCUCUGAAGGUGGGACAACCCGCCUCGAACGGUCAUCAACAGCAGCAGCAGCAGCAGAAGAGUACAAACUUGCAGGUGAAACCGGCGAUCGGACAGAAGCCCCAAAUUUCCCCGAAGCCUCGAUUAGCUGAUACCAUCGAGAUGACCUUACCGGCGGAAAGGUCGCCUCUGCAGACCUGGCCUCUGAAGAACCGCGUGAUAUCCACGGAGAACGUGAAAAAGACUGUUUCCGGUGGUUCGGCCUCGACCAAACCCUCGAUCAACGCGUACCUCGAGGAGGUUGCUGUCGAGGAGAAGAAACUUCUGGCCGCUCUGAAGAAUGGAGACGUUCUGAACGAGGACGGCGCCAAAACUGAGGUCACCACCAAAUGGGGUCUGAGGAAUGCAAGAAGACCUGAACAGCAGGUGCCGCAUCCAGAACUGACCACCACGCAGAGGCAGCAUCUGCGGCAGACGGCCGUCAAUCCUGUUCGGCCCUUCCUGACCAGAGGAUCCGUUGCUGAGCGUGUCCUCAUCUUCGAGAGAUGUCCCAGCGAUCUCCUGCUGGACAAGAGAGCGAGGGCGCCCACCGUGCAGCUUCCAAAACCGCAGCAACUCCUCAAGCAACAAACUCUUCCACAUACAACGCUGCAGCGACACGUGAGGGCCAACAGGAACGUGCACAUCCCGAGAUUCCAUUUCCCAAUGGGUAAACCGACGACGCCCGGAACUUUGGAGACCAUCCGACAAAGGAUUACUAAUGCCUUUGCAACGAUCGGAGACAGGGCUUUGCGAGAACACUUCGCUGCCUUGACUACAGCCUGCCAACUGCCUCUUUACUGGAAGACCCCAUUGUACCUCGCCGCUUGCGCCGACAAAGACAGUUGCACCCUCGAGCAGUUCAACAGCUUCUGGACUACAAUGGCGAGCACAUGUCACGAUGCCGCCUCCAGGUUCAUCCACAUCCUGACGCGCGGUAAAAAGAAUUGGCUGAGUCCCGAAGACUUCAUACCUUUGGUCCAGGACGUGGUGGAAACGCAUCCCGGUUUGACCUUCCUCAAGGAAGCCACCGAGUUCCAUUCGCGCUACGUGCACACGGUCAUCGCCAGGAUCUUCUACUGCGUGAACCGUUCCUGGAGCGGACGCAUCUCCAUCCCCGAGAUGCGACGAUCCAAUCUCCUCAACGUCAUCCAGAUUCUUGAGGAGGAGGAGGACAUCAAUCAGGUCACCCAGUACUUCAGCUACGAGCACUUCUACGUCAUCUAUUGCAAAUUCUGGGAGCUGGACAGAGACCACGAUCUGUUCAUCGACAAGCAGGACAUGACCAGACACAAUGACCACGUUUUUACUUGCAUAGCUUUAUCGAAGAGAAUCAUCGACCGGAUAUUCAGCGGGUGCGUCACGCGCGGACAAAGGAAAUCACAGCACGACGAGAAGCUCUCCUACUGCGAAUUCGUGUGGUUCCUCCUGAGCGAAGAGGACAAGAGACAUCCCACCGCCAUCGAAUAUUGGUUCCGGUGCAUGGAUCUUGAUGGAGACGGAUACAUUUCCAUGUACGAAUUGGAAUAUUUCUACGAGGAGCAGAUGCAUCGCAUGGAAUUGAUCGGAAUUGAAACUCUGCCAUUCGAGGAUUGCCUGUGCCAAAUGUUGGACAUGGUGAAGCCCGCGGUCGAUGGUAAAAUAACUCUGAGCGAUCUGAAGAAGUGCAAGAUGACACCGAUCUUCUUCGACACGUUCUUUAAUUUAGAGAAGUACCUGGACCACGAACAAAGAGAUCCGUUCGCUUCACAGCGCGAUCACGACAUCGACGGCCAAGAGUUAUCGGAUUGGGAUCGUUAUGCGGCCGAAGAAUACGAACUUUUGGUUGCGGAGGAAGGAGGCACCGACGAUCCGAACAGCCUCUCGUUCGAUGAGGGAAACAACGAGGAGGACCCUCUGUCCCCGAGUCUGGACGUGGUGCUGGACUUGGACGCACAAUGUGGCCUUUCUGACGAGAGCGACGAAUGCAGUAUUUAGCAAUCGCGUGAUUCAUUUUCGUGAAAUUAUAUUUUGUGUGAUGAUUGGCAUUAGGAAGGAAUCGUUAUUAUUUAUUUGUAGUUGAUGGACUAAUUCGAGGAAUCCUCGACGAUAGGUGGAUAUUUUCCAGGGAGGGAUUGUAUUUAAAAGAAACGAAAAGAAGAGAGAGAGAAAAAAAAACAGUACAACUUUUAUACUUGAUUAGAUGUUUACGUGUUGUAAAGUAUUCGGAAUCUCAGCCCUAGCUAGAACAAGUAAUCGAACGAGUGUGAUGUGUGGUAGAAUAUUGUUUUUUUUAUAUAUAUAUAAUUAAUUAAUUAUUUAUUUUAUCUUCUAGUCUCUAAUCUCGAAAGUACUCAAUAUCUUUUGUUUCUGACAAACGUAUUUUUUUUAUAUAUCUUAAGUAUUUAGUAUUUGUUACUGCUGCAUACUAAAUAAAAAGUGACAUAUCCAU